AUGCGGGCCUCGUGGUGGAUCGGAGUCUGGGCCUCAUUCCUCCCCUCCGUACUCUCGAUCGAGACGGCGCCCUUUUCAGCACCGCAGACCAUCGAGUCCAAUAAACGAGCCUUUGAAGUCCUCCAGAUCCUCAGGCGAGCUGAAAACAACUGCCCCACGGGCUACAAUCCGUGUACCAGUCUAGGCAACUCGAAUGCCUGCUGCAAACAAGGCACGAACUGUUCGCGCGAUGCCGCCAACAACAUCGCAUGCUGUCCGACCGGUGCUAGCUGUACGGGCAGUCUGACCGGAGCAUCGACAGCUACAUCUACCGGUACCAGCUUCAUGUUCCCUCAGGGUGCGACUGCGACGACGACGACAACCACUGCCGACUCGAGCGCUGCUUCGGUUACCGGCUCCACGAUCUCGGGGGCAUACCCAUUCGUUUACGUCCCUACGACAUUUGCUAAUGCCGCUACUUGCUCGUCAUACUACUCCCUCUGCCGGUCCGAAUACACCCAAUGUACAGCACAGCUCAUGGGUCGCUACGGGGUAACGGUCGGAGGAUCGGGCGGUGCAGGCGUGACGGUGGAAGCAGUGACGGCAACCUCGCAGGCUACGUCUAUCUGCUCCAGUCUGAGCCAGCAGGCCUGCCACGGUCUUCAGUUGAAUUAUUGCGCAACCGUGGUCGCGACGGGUACAUCCCAUGCUACCAGUGGGAAUGGGGCGGUGCCAGUACGGACGACGAGUCUACACGAUUUGAUGUUGGGCCUGAUGGUGGGCAUUGCGGGUGUGUUUAUUUGA